AAAAAGCACUUCAUUAAGGCUUUCGUUUCAGUGCGCUAGCUGCUUCGCACCGCUUAUCAACGGGUGUUCGAUUUGUGUGCAAUGAAUUUUGUUUAGCAAAGCACAGAUUUUGAAAUUGUUCAUCUGUAUUUCGCGAGUGUUUGCCUUUUUUUCAUUGAAAGACUGCACUUCUCGCGUGUCCGUUCAGGAUAAAACAACCUAUAUCAAUACCCUCCACAAGUGCAACAUUGCAGAAAAAGCUCUACAAUGAGUAAGCACGCUUGGGUGACACUGGCAACCAAUGAUUCGUACUCCCUGGGAGCACUCGUUGUGGCACAUUCGCUGAAGAGAGUGCACACGGAACAUCAGCUAGCCGUAUUGAUUACACCAGGUGUAUCGGAGGCGAUGAAGACGAAAUUACGAAGCGUCUUCAACGUCGUGGAAGAGGUUAAUCUGUUCGAUUCGAAAGACGAUUCGAAUCUUGCCCUUUUGAAACGCCCCGAGUUGGGUAUAACCUUCACGAAAAUGCAUUGUUGGCGUCUCACGCAGUUUGAAAAGUGUGUUUUUCUCGACGCCGAUACGCUUGUGUUGCGUAAUUGCGAUGAAUUGUUCGAGCGCGAGGAAUUAUCAGCUGCACCCGAUAUCGGCUGGCCAGAUUGCUUCAAUUCCGGUGUCUAUGUAUUCCGGCCAAACCUGGACACGUUUGCCAGUUUGCUGCAGUUCGCUGUAACCAAUGGAAGUUUUGAUGGCGGCGAUCAGGGUCUGUUGAAUGCAUAUUUUUCUGAUUGGGCCCAUACGGACAUCAAAAAGCAUUUGCCCUUCAUUUACAACACAACAUCUGUAGCUACCUAUUCAUAUUUGCCUGCAUUUAAACAAUUUGGCCAAAACACUAAAAUUUUUCACUUUAUCGGAAUCGCCAAGCCAUGGUUGCAAAACUUCAAUUCCGAGACGCGCAAAGUAUACGUGCCUUCUGAGUGGCAGCAUCUGGCUAACUUUCUUCAGUACUGGUGGGACAUAUUUGCAGAAGAUGUCCACGCACGCCUAAGCCCAGAAAUGAGCGGUAUUGCUGGGGCUUUAGCUCAGUUGCAUCUUGGAGAAGCAAAGUCUAAGGAGCAAGAAGCGUACGAGGAACAUAUGCGUCGUCAGUGUUGGGAAACCGGAAACAUAGACUAUAUGGGUCGGGAUUCGUUCGAGAAUAUUUGGAAACGCAUUCAACAAACGCUCAGCGUCGCUGGUUCGCAAGUCGAUGAAAAAGAUAAUGAAGCGCUUCAAAAUACUUCCCAAGACUCCAAGGUAUCAACGACAACACCGCGUUCUAGUCGUCGUUCGUCUCGAUCGCCAUCGGCUUCGCGAAAACGAGAUCCCAAAGAUCGUUCACCAACACCGCAACCGGAGGAAAAGCUUCCUAUCCCCGAUAAAAAGGAAGUUCACGGCGUUCGGCCACCGCCGGUCAUUGCGGAGGAAGACGAUGAUGCAAAUUUGAUUGUAUCCGCCAUUAUCAGUACUAGUAGCCUUGCGAUGCGACGUCAAAUGAAGCUGCCAUCAACGAACCACCAGCUAGGGUCACUGAACAUUGCAACACCAUUGACCAAGCAAGUCUUUACAGAUUACCAACAGCUUACAACGACUUCAGCUAGCACCGAUGGGAAGCGAACGAUCAGCACGCACACGAACGUCGAUUCAUUUUCCGUUGAAAGCGUUCAAACAAAGUCAAACGAUAGGCGUCGUCCGUUGCUUAUUGCUCAAGAGAAACCAUCUUCCGAAGAUGCUGAUCCACACAUGACGACUACAACACGACCCGGCCAGGAUGUGCCAGAUUGUAGUAAGGUGCCAAAAGAUGGAGUUUCCAGCUCCACCGCUUUGCCGAAGCAAAGUGGAUCAGGCCCAGCUGCACAACUUACGUCCAGACAAGAGACAAAGCCGGCUGAAAGCACGCUCCCAGGAAAGGGUGGUGAUAAGGUUGAUCUACCGUCCAAAUCUACAUCACCGCCAACGCCACCACAACAGCAUCAACAGGUGGCACAGGAGUCCCUUGCAGCACGACUCAUUCGAACGUUCUGCACCAUCUUGUAGAGAAAAUGCUACUCUCCUUAAUACGUGUUGUGUGUGUGUCUUCUUUUUUGAAAAAUAAUUUCUCUGAUCCACACAAAAAUGGUGCUCACAAAUUUAAAAUGCAUCAACGAUGCUCUAUCAACAGAGCUUUAUGAACGAUGAGAUACGAUUAGCUUGAACCGUUUGGUUUAAAUGCAAAUUUGUCUGCCCAAACUUGCUCAUGGCGCAUCAACAUUGACACUAAAAUGAUUAUAGCCGUGGUGGAUCACGUGUGUGGAAUCAAUUUGGAAUCUCAUUUUCGUUGCAAUCGAUCAUCGACUACAAAUGAAAUAUAUUUUCUUUCCAAAUCUUUAAAUUACAACAACUACAACUACAAACAACAAGGCAAACAUAUUUUCCAGCAAAAGGUCAUACUGCUAGAGACUUUCGUGCCAAGAAAUAAA